AUGUCGAACCCACCCGAUAGGCCCUGGGAUGAGGAGGAGAAGUAUACUCUACUCACCGAGAUCCUCAAGAAAGCCGGUGUUUCAUCCAGCUAUCUCGUUCGCCUGAUCAAUGACUUCCGUAUCGUCCCUAACUGGGAGCAUAUUCCCCUGCCGCAAGGUCGCUCCCUUAGCGCGUGCAGAAUGGCCUUUCGCGACAUGCAACUGCAGUAUUCAGUUCCGCCGCCCGCGACGCCAGUGGCAGUGGCUCCAACAACACCAGCAGUACCACCAGCACCAGCAGGGCCAAUAGGGCUGACAUUAACGGGACCACCAGCACCACUGCCAAUGGCCCGUCCAGAUGUUCCUGGAACCUCUACUCAUAUGGAUUCUGGCCUGCGCAAGCGCCCGCUAUUCCCGGCGGAGAAGCCUUUAAUUCCACGCGCCAUUCAACCUCGUCCUCCAGCCAGUACCGCCUCAUACAGCAGCGAGAGCUCGGCCCAAUUGUCUCCAAGACUAGAUAGCACCAUGGGCAGCGAACCGCCGCGCAAACGAGGCCGACCAAGCAAAGCUGAAACCGAACGGCGCAAAGCAGCCGCGGAGGCUCGCGGAGAGACGUAUCCCCCGCCACGCCGAUCCGGCUCUGGACGACUCAAAAUCCCACCCUCCCCAACCAGUCCCGCGGGUCCAUCCAUGGGUCCAUACCCGCCGUCUGCAAUACAUCCAGGACCGCCACAGGGACCAACUCCGGGCCCAUUGCCAUACGAUAUCCCCGGUAGUCGACCUCUUGCACCCGCCCCAGGGAUUCCACAUCAUGAAGAGCGCCGUGAGAUGCCGACACGGGGCAUGGGUCCGAAUAUGCGAGAAUUACCUCGGCCAGCCGAAAUGAGCCACCCAUUACCCUCUCCCCAUGCCCUCCAACUGGGACCUCCGAGUCCCUUCUCGCGCCUGAACAGUAAUCCUGGUGAGCGAGGCUCAUACGGAUCUAUUCCACCCGACCGAUACUCCCCAACAGGCAGCAGCCGUCGCGACUCUGUGGCCAGCCGGGGAGAACUGCCCCCGGGCCCAUAUCCAGACAGCCGAACGAGUACGACCCCAGCCGAAAAGCCCACUCGAUAA